CGCUUUCAGAUCAUGAGUUGUUUCGUUUAGUGUUAUCCCUCCGCCCUUGACCUUCCUAUUGCAGGGUAUAGGGUUCGGAUAGGUUGUCGUUUUUGAUAACUCUGACCACCUUAUCUAGGUAACAGCUACUGUCUGAUGUUGUUGAUUUAACCAAUCUAAUUAAAGAACUUGCUUAUUAACUUACAGUUUUUUUAAUAUGUUUAUAGCACUAUACAAAUUAUGUUUGAAGGAUCAGAGCCUGGUUGUGGAGCAGGAAAGGGAGGUGGUGCCGGUGGUCCUAUUCGUGAAGCUGGUGGUUCACUAGGCAAAAGGGAAGCCACUUUAGAAGAUGAAUACUUCCGACGUUUGGAUAAACAAAACAUCGAAGCACUCAAAGAUAAACUGAAUAAGAAAUCUGUUGUGGAGAAUCAAUCUUCGAAGGAAUCUAACAUUUAA